AUGCCAAAAUCUACUUUUGAUCCCUCUACACUUCCCGACUUGACAGACUACGUCGUCCUCGUAACUGGUGGACAUUCCGGCUUGUAUGUAUUAGGACUUGCGACUACCAAAAUGCUCGCCGGAAAACAUGCAAAGGUCUAUAUUGCUUCAAGGUCCGUCCCAAAAGCGGAGUUGGCCAUCAAAAAUAUCAAGGUGGAAGUCGCAAACGCGAAUAUUGCGGUCAUUGAGAUGGAUUUAUCCGAUCUCGAUAGCGUGAAACGUGGCGCUCAGGAGUUUUUGAGAAAGGAGAGCAAACUGCACAUCCUUAUCAACAACGCAGGGAUCAUGUGUCCACCGUACAGCGAAACAAAACAAGGUUUCGAGAUCCAAUUCCAGACGAAUUACCUCUCCCACCACCUUCUAACUCGACUCCUCCUCCCCACCAUCCUUGAAACGUCCUCCCCAUCUUCAACUCCUCCUAUCAUUCCAAGAAUCGUGAACAUCUCCUCCGACGGACACUCCAAACUCGUGUCCACCUUCUCUCCCUCAGAUCCCACCUUCCCAAACUUGAAGGAAGCGUCAACGUGGACCCGCUACGGUACCUCUAAGCUCUGUCAAGUGCUGCACUCCAAAUCGCUGGCUACUCACUACCGGAACAUCCUCGCCUUGUCUCUACAUCCCGGGACGGUGAAAACAGGAUUGAGUGCUGGGCCGCGAGGGAGUACUUCUUGGUAUAGGUUCAUACAGCCGCUUGUGGAGCUGGGCGCGCCAGGACCCGAGGAAGGAUGCGCCGGUAUUCUUUUCUGUGCUUCCACUGACGAGAUUGGGAUGGGUGACAAUGGAGCCUAUUUCUUGCCAGUGGGUAAGAAGACAAAGGCAAGCAAGUUCGGCGAGGAUCCUGAGCUUGCUGAGCAAUUGUGGAAUUGGAGCGAAAGGCGAUUGAGUGGGCUGGGAUACUGA